CUGAUUUGAUAUAAAAUCAGAUACUUUCUUUCAGGGUUAAUCAGUUUUCAGAGAACAUCCAAUCGCUCAGAGUUUGUAACUCAUUCAGAUAAUUUUGAAUAUUUUUUCGCUUAAAAUGAUGAAGUUCAUCUGUUUCUUCACGUUGCUCUCUAUUAUCGCCGUGAGCUCAGUCAAUUGUCGUGAAAUUCCAUCACCUCCCCGAGUAGUGAGGGCGGCUGAAGAUACUGCACCUGCUGUGGAGAAUGAUACAACCAAUGAAAACGCUGUGGCGGCAAGCGACGAUCUGGAUAAAGCGGAAACCUUUGGAUUCGGAUUUCAUAAACAUGUGCACAGUUACGGAGGUUACUAUGGACCUUCCUAUUAUCCAUACCCUAGAUAUUAUCCUCAUCCAGGAUAUUAUGGAGGAUAUGGUCAAUAUCCACACCCGGGAUAUUAUGGAUAUGGUGGGCAUCCAUAUUAUUAUUGAAGAAUAAUCAGUUUUGAAUGAAUGUAAAUAAAUUUGGUGCGUAUGUGAAA